CUUUAAAAAUAAUCCAUAAACAGCAUGUCAUAUUUCAAUCUUAAGAGGGGGGAAGUGUUAGCUGAAUUUAUCCACCAUGUGUUGUUUUUGUUCAGUGUUUUCUUUCUUUCUUUCUUUCUUUCUUGAUGAACUCAGAUCUCUUCCUCCAGUCAUCAGUCAGAGAGCUCUUUAUCGCCGCCCGCCUGAGUGUCCCGGUACUUACAGCGAGCUUUCACUUAAACUGUGUCGUCAGAGAGGGCGGACAAAAAGUCCCGAACGGACCAAUCAGAAAGCGAAAAUCAGUCGAUUGACACUUCGGGGACGAAAAACUGCCGGCCAGCUGUCACGGCGCGCGAAAGAUCAAAUCAGCUCCCGGUGCUGCUGAACAGGCGGGAGGACCGAGAAUUGACCGGACAAUCACUGCCAAUGUGCUUUCGGACGCCGAAAUAACGCUUUACUCCCACCGAGGCUCACUUUGCAGGCUGCCGCGGUCCGACGAAGCUCCGUGUGUGCCGAUUUAUUCCCGCUGAAGACGGUGCAGCUCGCGGACAGAGAUGAGCCUGGUGGUUCCUCAACAGCAGGCUGAUCCAAUUCCUGCUGUGGUCCAGACCUCCACAGAGAGCGAUUCAGACAGCGGGAUGGGAUCUCCUGCCGAGGAGAUGGUCACAGAGACGACCACCGAAAGAGAAGAACUUCCAGAUUCUGAUGAUGAUGAGGACGUCGUGGCUCACAGGAAGCCUCACCGCAACGCCAUCAAAGACAGCGACAGCGAGGAAGAGGAGGCAGAGAACGGCGUCAGCAUGGCCCAAGCUCUGGUUCUAUCCACCUCCAGCGGAGACGAGAUGGACACCGGAGAGGGGGAAGAGAAGGACGAGAGGAAAGAAAAGGGAGUGAAGAAGAACAGAAUCAGCCGAGCUCCUGCUGACAGCGAAGAAAGCGAAGCUGAACGAGAGGAAGGAGAAGAAACCGAGGAGCCGAAGAAGGAAGUGAAGUCAACGAAAGAUCGGAAGAAGAGGGAGAAGAGCCAGAGACAUCGAGAGAAGAAGGAAAAACGAAGCAAAGCGGUGGAAAAACUGAAGAAGAAAGAGAGAUUCUCCAGAAGAGAUGAAGACUCACCUCUUCCUCGGGCUCUGAAUGACAGCGGCUGUCAGCUGGGCGACACAGAUCUGUACGACGCCGGUCUGGAUGAGGAGGAGGAGUCUCUGGAUGCCAUCAGAGCUGCAGUCAAACAGAAGAUGAAGAAACACAAGGAUCCUCUCCUGGAUGAGGAGGAAGAUGAAGAAGCACCAGAGAAACCCCAGCGUGUGGAGAGGAAGGCGGCUCGAGCCAGCAAAGAGGCGAUGAAGCAGCUGCACAGCGAGGCUCAGAGGCUGGUCAGAGAGUCGAUGCUGGGCCUGCCCUACCACAUCCCUGAACCCAAGACCAUCGACCAGUUCUUCAGGAGGAGAACCAGGCCUGAGGGUCCUGCCAUGGCUCUGCUCAAAUCUACAAAGUACUCAGAGAUGAUGCUGGAGGCUCCAUCAGCUCCUCCUGCUGCUCCUCCUGCUCCUCCUCCAGCUGAACCCCAGCAGCAGGACCCUCCUCCUCCUCCUCCUCUGGAUCUGUCCUCCUCUCAGAUCCAGCCUUUGCUUCCACCUGCAGCCACGUCGUCCCCCCAGCAGGAGGACCUCGUCCAGCCCAGAGGAACCCCCCAGACCUCCGACCCUGAGCAGGAGUCCGGCCCGAUGCUGUUCCUCUCUGAGAGUCUGCAGGAGUCGGCCCCAGACGCUGAAGGGAGACCUGCUCCUGGUUCUGGAGAGGAAACCUCCACCGCCCUGAAAACAGAGCCUCAUCCUGGAGGUUUGGUUGAACAUGAAGCUCCUCAGAGUCUGAAUGUUUCUCCAUCUCCAGCAGAAGGUUCAGCGCAGCAUCAGACCAAGCAGAAGAAGGACAGACUGGCCCGGCUGAAGGAGCUCGGACUGGAUCCUCCUCCUGUGGCCAGACUGAGUCCAGACGACGGAGCGUUUGUUCAGCUGGAGGUGAAACAGAACAACCCCGCCCUGGAGGCCCUGAAGCAGCGCUACCUCCGUCAUGUUCAGCCUCCAACACGACCUCCAGGAGAACGGACGGUGCAGCUCACCAUCAUCCGUAAAGACCAGGAGGAGCUGCUCUCUGAGUCCGUUAGCGUCACCAUGAAGGAGGGGACGGAGGAGCCGGCCACCUCCAAACCAGAGAAGCUGCUGGGUCUGCAGCAUCGCCUGCAGCUCGCCAUGGCCCAGAGGAGGAAACAGGAGAGGGCACGCAAGGCCGAGCUCCACCGCCUCGACAACGAGGACUGUGGGGAGGAGGAAGAGGAGGAGGAGGACAUGACGGAUGAGUCAGACGAAGAGGAGGGCGUGGAUGACUUAUUAGGAGGGGAUGAUGGAGAGGAGGAGGAGGAACAGAGCAUCAGGAGUCCUUCUCCUGUGGCGCUCAGCGAACCUUCACAGACUCCUGAUCUGGUCAACACCGACGGCACACUGAUGCUGUUUAACGGCAGCUCCUGCUCUCGUACCGGGGAUGGUGUCAGAAGGUCUGGACCUCCUGGACAUGACAGCAGCAAUAAGAUGGAAGAGGACGAUUGUCUGUCUCUGGUGAAGGAGAACAGCCACAACAGCAGCUUUGAGCUGGCCGCCUCCAUGAUCACGUCCUACCAGCCAAUCAACAACCAGCGCUCUGCAGGGAGAGGGAUCUCCACCUCCUCCAUCUUCCGUUCUCCUUCACCCUGCCUCUUCAGGCCCAGCUUCCUGGGAUCUGCUUCCAGGAGUUCAGGUAAACUCUCAGAGCCGUCCCUCUGCCUCCCCGUUGAGGACUCCCAGGACCUCUACGCCCCUCCGUCCCCCGGUGCUGAUUCUGGUCCUCUGGGUGGAGCCGGUUCUGGUCCGGGUUUAGGAGACUCUCAGGGUCGGUUCUCCCUGGAGGACGACACUCAUUCCCAGCUGCUGGACGCCGACGGCUUCCUGAACGUCGGCCCGCGACCCGGAGCUCCUCGGUCCCACAAGAGGCAGCUGAUCCUGGACAGCCUGGACGAGAACGCCAUGGACGCCAACAUGGGGGAGCUGCUGGGGCUGUGCUCGGGGGUGUUUGGGUCGGCAGAGGGCGGUAAAGGCGGAGGUCUGGGGGCAACGCAGGAGGACGAGCUGCUGGGGUUGUGUUCAGGAGCUUUUCCUCCCACUCAGGCUGCAGAGAAGACGACUGAAGCAGUGGAGCUUAGAGAGGAUGAAGGGUCUGAGAACACCAUGGACCAGCUGCUGGGGCUCUGCUCAGGAAAGUUCCCUAGUCCAGGUUCUGCUCAGACGGCUUCACCAGCACAUGACAGUAAAAAGAAGCUGGAGGAGGAGGAGGAGGAGGAGGACUGUGAGUUCAGACUUCUGUCAGAUGUAGAAAGUGAGCAGGAGGAGGAGGAUGAAGGAGACGUCAGUGAGGAGGAGAACGAUGAGGUUGAAGAGGAGGAGAUGCAGGCGGUGUUCACGCCUCACAGAGUCAAGAAGAAGAAGAAGAAGAAAAUGCGUCUGACCGACUACGUGGACUCAGAGGCUGAGCUGUCGGGCAGCGAUGUGGGCAGCGAGGACGAGGACGCCGACCGAGGCAGCGAGUACGAAGAGGAGGAGCUUCUGGAGGAGCUUCCCUCUGAUGAAGAGCUGCAGGACCAAGUCAACAAGAUCCACAUGAAGCAGAUCAUGGACGAUGACAAGCGUCGCCUCCGGCUCUAUCAGGAACGGUACCUGGCUGACGGGGAUCUGCACUCUGACGGGCCGGGAAGAGCUCGACGCUUCCGCUGGAAGAACAUCGACGACGGAUUCAACUUGGACCGGAUGGGAGCAGAGGAGGAGGGAGAGGAAGAUGAAGAUGUGGACCAGACCGAGGUCCAGAGGAGGAAGGAGAGGCUGGAGAGAGAGCAGUGGCUCAGAGAACAGUCUGAACAAAAAGCCAAGAAAGGAGAAGAUGUGGAGGCCGACGACGAGAAGAUGGGAGAUGAAGACAGUCGCUUCAUGAAGCUGGCCAAGAAGCUGACGGCAAAGAGUCUGCAGAGGAAAGAGCCUCCAGCGGCGCCUCAACCAGAGAAGACCUCCACCCUGAAUCCCUUCCAGAGACCCUCCCAGCCCGCUCAGCUGAGGAGAGGUUCCCUCCUCAGCCAGCCUCAGUCCGUCCUCCAGAAACUGGCCUCCAUCUCAGGAGGAAACCCUCUGGCUCCCAGAAACAGCCGAGGAUUCCUGUUCCAGACGCUUUCACCGGAGAAGGUGGAGACCACGUCAGACGGCCCUCACAAACCGAUGAUGAAGAAACGAGGUCAGCAGGAGGCCAUGAAUCCAUCAGCCAAGAGGAUCUGCAGAGAAAACCAACCAGCAGCUCCAGCUAAACCUUCUCAGAGGAGCAUCUUCAGCUUCCUGGACCACUGAGGAGCUCCACCCAGACCCAGUGAGGAGCUCCACCCAGACCCAGUGAGGAGCUCCACCCAGACCCAGUGAGGAGCUCCACCCAGACCCAGUGAGGAGCUCCAUCCAGACCCAGUGAGGAGCUCCACCCAGACCCAGUGAGGAGCUCCACCCAGACCCAGUGAGGAGCUCCACCCAGACCCAGUGAGGAGCUCCACCCAGACCCAGUGAGGAGCUCCACCCAGACCCAGUGAGGAGCUCCACCCAGACCCAGUGAGGAGCUCCACCCAGACCCAGUGAGGAGCUCCAUCCAGACCCAGUGAGGAGCUCCAUCCAUCCUCCUCCAGUAGGACUCAGAAGCAGGUUUUUUCUCCUCCAGCUCUUCUCCGUUUCCGUUUUAAAUCCGUUCUGAGGGUUUUUCUUGCGGCUCCAUUUAAAGAUGUUUUAUCGUGUAAAUAGACUGAUUCUGUUUUUAACAUUUCGUUUUUUUCUGUAUGAAAUCGUUUUACUUUGUAAAUAAAAGUGUAUUUUAAGACUC